CCUGUUUGGACGACUUGCUUUCCGUGACUGAUCCGUCAGUAACCGGAGACGCCACUUGUGAGAUAACGGUGUUGUGCGCCGCGCGAGCCGUCCUCAGGCGUCCUGCUCUCUAGCUUUAUUUUCUUAUUUUUUUUUAACGCUGGAACGUUUUUUAUUAUCCGUAAGUAAAAGCUUAUAUUUCCGCGCCAUGGAGUUCGCUAAUGUAGCUUAGCUAAACACGCAGCUAAGAAUCCGCUAGCACGAGACAAGCGCCCUGUUUCACCUGACGCGGCGACGCUGUUAGCUGCGAAGCUAACAUGGGAUUAACGCGGCUGUUGACGUCGCUGCACGACCCGCAGCACGUCGCCCGGUUCCAGGAGCUGUGCGGUGUCCGGGGCUCCUUCACCGGGGACCAGGUGGAUGCAGACCAGCGAGACAGACCGUCCCGAGGACAGAAAGGGAAACAUCAGGACGUCAACGGCGCGAUAAACGGGACGGCGAACGGGGACACCGGAGAAAGCGCUCGCGCGCGUCCGUCUAGAGGUUCCGGCACGGACGGAAUGGCUCGAGGGCCGCUGCGUAAGAACUCGCUGACGGGAGACGCGGGUCACCAGUUCGUGAUCUCCAACCGGGUCCUGUACUACGCGUUCACGCUGGGCACCGAACUGGGCAACGAGCUGUUCUACAUCAGCUUUUUCCCGUUUCUCACCUGGAACGUGGACCCGUACGUCGCGCGCCGCCUGAUUGCGAUCUGGGUCUGGGUCAUGUACCUGGGGCAGUGCACCAAGGACCUGGUGCGGUGGAAGCGGCCCGCUUCCCCUCCUGUGGUGAAGCUGGAGGUGUUUUACGACUCCGAGUACAGCAUGCCGUCUACACACGCCAUGUCCGGUACCGCCGUGCCGCUGGGACUCUUCCUGCUCACCUGCGGCCGCUGGGAGUAUCCUUUAGUUUCCGGACUGGCGCUGGUGUUGAGCUGGACUGUGCUGGUGUGUGUGAGUCGCGUCUACAUGGGCAUGCACUCUGUCCUGCAGUUCCAGCUACACUUUCAUGUCUCAGGCUCAAAGGUAUCUGUUACUCAAGAACCCACGAUACGAGCCGAGCCAACCGACAAUACAGUAAUCGGCUCCUCGUACAUACACUCUAUAAAGCCAAAAGUUUGUGCACCCCUGACGGCGUUAGUGAGAUCAGACUCUGGUGUCAGAUUCAGGGCUGUGUGCAGGACGCUGGAGUUCUUCAUCAACCUGAACCCAUCGUGUCUGCGUGGAGCUCAAGGGGCUUCGUGCACGGGCACGUUGUCACGCUGGAACUGGGUUACAGCAUACAGAGACGACGUGUGGCAGCAGCUUGUGGAAGAACAACAUAUGGGUGUGAUGGACGUGAUUGCAGGGUUCUUUUUCAGCCUGCUCAUCCUGGCCAUAUUCUAUCCAGCUCUAGACGCCAUCGACACGUUCAACCUGUCUUCCAGAUACGCUCCGGUUCUCGUCGUGUCUUUCCACGCCAUCCUGGGACUUUUCUCCUUCACGCUGGACACGUGGAGCACAUCCAGAGGUGACACCGCUCAAAUCCUGGGUACGGGCGCGGGCAUCGCCGUGGCGUCUCAUCUCAACCACCAGCUGGCUCUGAUCCACGAUCCUCCUGCCUCCAUGCUGCCUCUGCAGGCUCCGCCGCUCAGCCUGGGACUCUUCGGGUGGAGCUUCCUGCGAUUUGUUCUUGGCGUGACGAUGCUAUUCGCCACGAGGGCGGUGAUGAAGGCUCUCACCAUCCCCCUGGUGUGCCGCGCCGCCGGGAUCUCCAGCCAGGACGUCCGCAUAGCCAGACAGAACAUGCAGGUGGAGCUCCCGUACCGCUACAUCGUUUACUGGACCGUCGGCUUCAGCGCCUUCUUCCUCGUACCCUUCAUUUUCAGCUGCGUCGGCCUGUACUGAACAGUCAACGAGCGGACAAACGGAGCUGGAGUUUUAGCGCUGCAGUUCAUCCAAGACCAAAAAAAAAUAAAAAAAAAUCAGCAGAUAAAUUCCCAAAAAUUAAUUUACUAUAAAACCUGAACUGCCCAAAGUUUCGGCGUUUUACAGCAGCACAGCGCACGUUUAGAGCGUAUUCGUUUCCAGCUUUUAUUUUCAGGGUUUAAAUCGUCGUCGCUUCCGUCGCUGGCUAUUAAAAAAAAAAAAACGACCCUAAGGGUUAGUUGCACUUCUUUGGAUUCUUGCAGAAAAAUAGGCACAUAUUUUUUUUUAACGACUGCGUUCGAACCCUGUGACUGCACCUUCUCAGACUCUUUACUUUCUCGGCAAACAAACUUGGACACUUGAAUCAUUUUUCCAGAACAUUCCAUUUGGGAUCGAGGCCUUUUUUUAUUUUUUAUUUUAUUUUAUUUUUUUUUUCUGUUCGACUGAAAUAUUUCUACAAGUGACUGAACUUCGGAAGACCUCGUGAGGAGAGGAGAGAGAGAACUGGGACGACUUUAGAAUCUGGACGGUGUGGUCGUGCUUCUCCGUCCGUUCCGCGACUUUAAUCGCCGAAUGCAGUCUCGUAGUCGAGUUAUAAGAGAUUUAAACGCUCUCUCGGCUUGGUGUCUGCGCACACACACACACACAUGCAUGCACGUCGCACGCGCUCGGCCGUCUAAAGGCGAAACAAACUCCGGGGGAAAGCGAGAACGUUUCCCUGAUUUAGUUCUGCUUUCUAAUUCCUCCUGAAAGCAGGAACACGUUUGCUUAGCGAGCGUACGGCGAGAUCUACAGCGGCCGUUACAAACGUGAACAACAAGCAGCACGUUUCCUCCCACGCCGCUGACCCGCACGCGCUCGUGACGCUGCCGCAUUUAGACAAUCAGUCCUAACGGCGGCGCAGUCGUUUCCCCACAACCCGCCUUCCUCACUCUGUUCGUCAGUUUAAAUGUUUUUUGUCUUUAAAUGAUUGUGGUCUAAAAGAAGAGACACUCGAUUUAAAAAAAAAAAAAAAAUCUACAUCUACUGUGCGAGCUCAGAGACGUCCGCCGUCUCAGACCUUCGCGUUUGUGGUACUGUUUAAAAGAAAUGCACUGUUUCCCAGAAUGCACUGCUUUUACAUGUGCUCGUGUCCGUGGACAUUACGCCGUUGUCAAGCUUGUGUGUGUGUGUGUGUGUGUGUGUGUGUGUGUGUGUGUGUGUGUGUGUGUGUGCGUGCAUUUUCUCCAUCCUGCGUUCACAUUAGUAAGAGAUACGAUGUAUCUAGCAUGCUGGUGUCGUUUGUGGGCGUGGCCUGUUAACCUGUUAAAGCCAAAAUGCCUCCUAUGUUUUGCAACGUACACAUGUGAGCGUGUUACCGUUGUUUAAAGCCGACGGUGUGUUUUAGUGCAGUAAAAUGCUUUUAUUUUCAGUUUUCAGCACCAGAUGUGCCUCAGUGGACUGUUUAGAUUAGAAGACAGCAAGUUUGAAUCUCAGCACGGAUCAAAGCCUCCGCACGUCCACACUGAGUCUCACUCAAGUGUGAGUCACGUGUAGAACAGGAACGUUGUCAUUGUUGUAAUGUGAACGCAGGGUUGUGUGUGUGUGCGUGCAUGCGCGUGUGUGUGUGCGUGCAUGGGCAAGCGCGUGUGUGUGCACUAUAAAGGUAGGCAGAGAAGUUGGGCUUAGCAAUAAGUGUUAUGUGUAGAACUAUAACUGCUCCCUGGUCAAUAAGGGUGAAGGUCAGUACAGCUUUAAGCUUGACCAGCCGUUAGGGACGUAAUCAGGAUCUCUGAGAAAAGCACUAGAGCUGAAUGUUUGUGACCAAUUAUGUAAAGGAAAAAAAAACAUUUCAGGUGUGAAUGAGAAUUAAAACUCACAAAACCUUUGUCCUUCGUACAGCUGCUUAAACACCUUUCUUUAUACACACGCAGGCCAAAUACACACACGAUGAUGUUAUUGGAAAACGUUUUAUGUUUUGGUGUAAAAACCAAUUGCCCCUCUGAACAUUCCGGUGUCCGUAUGGGACGUGCUGUGAGAGAUUAAACAUGGCGAUGGGGUGAUAUGAUGUUAUGGUUUCUACACAUCAUUGUGUCAUCGUUAUGACGCUGCUCAGAUUCAGAAGCUGAUGAACUUUUAACGACGGUGAAAUUAAAAGACGCUUCGCCGAAUAUCCCCCAAAAUCUGCGUGCUCGUGUGUGCUACUGAAAUCCGUCCUUCAACAACUCAAAGCCCUCAGCAGGUGGAGCGACAAAGACACCUUCAGGCGAAUGGAGAUGAGAGAAACCUCAGCUAUAACACGACGCCGUGCUCUCACACCGGGGUGCAAGUAACGGCGUUAGUCUUCCACCGAACGUGAACGGACGAGGAAGAAGGUAGAGGGCGCUCUUCUCCUGGCUGGUGGGUGGGGGACCUGGGAGACGAUCCAUACACUCACUCACUCACACACCAAUUUUGGGAUUAUAAUCUGGAUAAGAAGCUUCUCAGAUCACAGACUGUUCUUCUUCAUGGAGUGUUUAGGCAGGAAAUGAGGCUUUAACGCAGUCCACCCACUGUGCUGUAGAGUAUUUCUGAACAUUUGCGUACCGGAUAAUGUUUUCGCUCACAUCUCGAGCUACACGCCAAGCAAUAACAACGAUCCACUGUCUGUCUGGUGAUUUUAAAUCAGGUGGAGCCCUCAGGACAUGUGCAUGUUCAAACACGAAGGCGUUUAUACCGCAUCACGAGUGCACUGUAUGUACAAGAGAGAGAAAUAUCUACUGUAAACAGGAUCCAGAUGUGUACAUUUAUUAAGAGAUCCUGAAGACCGAUGGGGGGUGGGUUUGGGGGGGAGGGGGAGAGGGUGGUGGGUUAUGAUUGAGCAGAGACAGAUGCGACAUGCUUAUUUAAUUUAAUUUGGAUUUUUAUUUUAUUUUUAUUAUUUUAAUUUUUUUUAAUGUUAUUUAAUUUUAUUUUAUUUUAUAAGCAUAGCAUGUGUAGGAUAAACCCCACACUGUUUCGGAUUUAACCUAAUGAUGAGUCUCACAGUGUUGAUGGAGCUUCCUGAAUGUUUUCAUGUUUUAUCUGUUUUUUGUUUUGUUUUUUUUUUGUUUUUUUUUUCGGACAAACUAUUUGUCUUUGUCUAGAUCAGAAUGUUUGCCUAAUUAACACACACGCAAAAAAAAAAUGUUAUUGACUGUUUUUUGUGAUUGCAAAAGAAAAAAAAAAACAAUGCCAUAACAAA